CCCUCCUUCUGCAACAACAUUCCACCACAAAACAAAAAUUAAUCAUCCUUUUAAACUAAAGAAGAAGCUAAAGAAGAAGAAGCCAAAGAAGAAGUCUUGAACUUGAGAGAUGGAGCACAGAAAGUCAUAUGUGCUCGUCGCUCUCUUCGCAUUGCUUCUCUUGACCGAAGUUGUCAUUGCUGCGAGUGAUGGCGGCAAAGGCAACGGUAAUAACGGCAAGGGGCAAGUAGACAAGGGUAAUGGAGGAUAUGAUGAUGGUAAAGGCAAAGGUAAUGGUAAUGGUAAUGGUAAUGGUAACGGUCCAAAGGACAAGGACAAGAAGGAUAAAGAAAAGAAGGAAAAGGAGAAGAAGGACAAGGAAGAAAAGGCAAAGAAGGACAAGGAGAAAAAGGAGAAAGAGAAGAAGGAAAAAGAGAGGAAAGAGAAAGAGAAAAGGGACAAGGAGCAGAGUGAAGCGGCUGCAAGAUACAGGAUGCUUUCACCGUUGCCCACAGGACAAGAGCAGGCCAUGUGCCAGGGUCAGGGUGCAUGUUAUUACAAGACUCUUGCUUGUCCUGGUGAAUGUCCCAAGAGGAAGCCCGCCAAGAACAGAAACACCAAAGCUUGUUUCAUUGACUGCACCAGCAAAUGCGAAGCUACAUGCAAAUGGAGGAAACCGAACUGCAACGGCUACGGUUCUCUAUGCUAUGACCCUAGAUUUGUUGGAGGAGAUGGUAGGAUGUUCUAUUUCCAUGGAUCCAAAGGAGGAAACUUUGCGAUCGUUUCAGACAAUAACCUCCAGAUCAACGCUCACUUCAUUGGUACAAGACCCGUUGGAAGAACCAGAGACUUCACAUGGGUGCAAGCCCUGAAUGUCAUGUUCGAAAACCACAAGCUCGUGAUCACAGCCAAUAAAGUGACACAGUGGGAUGAAAACUCUGACUCCUUUACCAUCAGAUACAACGAAGAGCUCAUCACGCUACCAGAAGAUGAAGAAUCCGAAUGGAGGGCAAAUUCGGGACAAAGAGAGAUCGUAAUCGAAAGAACCGACGAGAAAAACAGCGUGAGAGUACUUGUCUCUGGUCUUGUUCAGAUGGACAUCAAAGUGAGACCAAUAGGGAAAGAAGAAGAUAGAGUUCACAACUAUCAGUUGCCUCAAGAUGAUGCUUUUGCGCAUCUUGAGACUCAGUUCAAGUUCUUAGACCUAAGCGAGCUCGUUGAGGGUGUUUUGGGGAAAACCUACCGUCCUGAUUACGUUAGCACGGCCAAGACUGGUGUUCCAAUGCCUGUGAUGGGAGGAGAAGACAAAUACCAGACGCCUUCUCUGUUCUCGCCUACUUGCAGACUCUGCAGGUUUAAGCUUCAAGAAGAACAUCUCUCUGCUGAUAUCUAAUGAGCAGAAGAAGAAUAAGUAUGGAAACUAUACUAUCUGUUUUAUUUAAAAAAUCGUAUUUAUCUGUUUUGUCUGAAACUAUUCUAUAUUCAUGAAAAAUUAAUGUAAUAAGAGCCAAGAAUAUAAAUCUUUGGCUCGUUUAUGAUGUUUUUGAGGGUUUAAGAAUUAUAAGACGUUUCUUGCGCCGGAAACAAACCCUUGAUUUCUUAAUUUGCACCUGUUGCGUUGUUGUGUGUUUGAAUAUGAAUAUGUUUAAAUAAUAAGUAUAAUAAACUAUAUUGUGUGUAUAUUCAUGCAUUUGAAUAUGACACUGUAUU